CAUCGAUGUACGCAAGUUUAGAGUAUGUUCUGGGAUAGAGAAGCUACCAUCCAGGUCCGAGGUGAACCGACCGACCGGAAGGUCGAUGACCUACAUGGUUCCACUGUUAUACGAGUAGAUAAAGUUAUUGAAAGGCGUCAGCACCUUCCUGUUGAGAGUGUUGAAUUGGAGGAGCGUGAGCAACCUUGUGUUGCAACACCACUGACCGAAGGCGUUGGUCAGACCUGUCAUUUUAGCUCCAGUAUAAAAAAUCAAAAGAAGGUUCUAUCUGAUAACGGCGAGACUGGUAUGCCAGUUGAAGAAGAGCCAAACUGGUUAGAUAUUUCGAAUUGGUUCACUGCCUUAGGGAAACAAGGGCUAGAAGACCACCAUCAACCGAAAGCUCGAAUUGAUUUCAUUGAGAUUGAUACGAAGGUUGAAGACCACGAACUGGUUCAAUUACAAGAAAUGUAUCUUCCAACUUGUUUGAGAUGGCUUGACCCAACCUUCCAGCCUAUCGACGACCUCGAAGGUGCGACAACAACAAACGAGCAAUUGUCGGCGGGCGUGUCAACCAGAAUAGGCUUUUCUGACGUACAAUCCGUUACUUUGGCCAAUGGCGAAGGGUCCAUUGCAGAUUUGGUAGCCAGCAAUUCUUUCGAUCUUGGAAAAAAUGAAGAUUUUCCCGAAAGAGUAAAACCUACCUUCGACGUCGCAAACAAACUGGCCGAUACCAGCAAGUCAGAGGCGACUGCUACUAUCAGAACGAGCGACAAUCGUCUUUGUUUGGCUAAAGGAAAAAAAGCGAUGUCGGAGGUGCACAAUGAGGAGCGCCGACAAAUUCUUGUCAAGGAAUUGUUAUCAUCGAUAUCCACUUACGGUCGCUACGAUCCUCGUGUCGCCGACGCCAGCGCUUCACUAGGUGAUCAUCUCGAUGAGUCAGGUGAGCACAAGCAAUCACUCAAGCUUUACCGAGACGCUGUAUCGAUAUAUAGUUCAAAGCUCGGUGAUGACCACAAGAAGACAAUGGAUGCCCGUGUCAAGCUCGGUAGGAUCCUUGAGCACGCUGGGGAAUACAACGAAGCCAUCAACACGUACUACCUCGCCACAGUCAUGCGCAAAGCGGUGCGCGGAGAAAAAGACCCUGCAGCAGCGGAUUCUAUCGUCUGCAUUGCGCAUACUUUACGAAAAAAGGGCGACUACCACCAAGCCAUCAAGGAAUUAAAGCGCUCCCUCAAAAUAUACCGUGAAUCCCUGGGAGAUGCCCAUCCGAAAGUCUCUAGUGCUGUGGAUGAGAUUGCCUCAUUGUAUGUUACACUAGGAGACUUCGACAAAUCUGCUGCGAUUCUCGAGGAGGUUGUCAAACUCAAGGCGGCGACGCUGGGUAUGAAUACCAAGGAAGUAGCUUCUACGUUGAUCAGCCUAGCGACGACUUACGAAUGCUCCGAGCAAGUUGAAAAAUCCUUGAAGACAUUGAAAAAGGCGUACAAGAUAGAAUCUGAGAUUGGCGGGUUUUCCUCCGAGGGAGCCAUCAGUAUUCUGAACCGUAUCGCCAUGCUAUAUGAAGGAACGGGUGACUACAAUCGUGCCUCAAUAGCUUUCCUCGGUGUGCUUCGUGGACAGAAGAGUAUCUAUGGGGAGGAACAUCUCGUCGUCGGCGAAGCAUACUACAAGCUCGGAUACUCCCUCCAUCAAAUGGGUCACAUCCAUAAAGCUCUUAAGUGCAUGAAAGAAGCCCUCCCUAUUUUUGUGCGUGAAGGCACCGAAACCAGUGACGUCGAGCGCAUUGCCGAGAUUUUGCACGAGAUGGGUCUCAUGAACAAGGAAAUGAAGAACUUUCACGAAUCUACCUGUAUGUUCAAACAGGAGCUAGGAAUUCGUCGGAAGAUUGGUCAGAGCGAGUUCCCUCUGAUAACCCGUGCAUUGAACCAGUUGGGCGUGGUUGAGUUUGAGAUGAAAAAUAGCUCCCGUGCUCUCAAGUACCUAGUAGAAGCUCUGAGCAUAAUGCAAAAGCACGGUGAUCCAGGUUUGGACUGUGCUGAAGUAUUGUAUAACUCUGGGUUGGUUUUUGAAGUGUGCAACAACAAGGACAGAGCUUUGGAGGCUUUUGAAGAAUCUGUUCGCAUCUUGAUGAAACUUGGAUUCGAGGGCGUGCACCCACAGGUGGUGAAGGCUCAAAACAAGAUUGAGAUGCUUCAAGAUAAGAGAAAGCAGCGAGGAUAUUGGACGCCUGGACAGUGA